UCCAAAUCCAAUCAUCACCACCACCAUUUCUCUGAUAUUCGAAGAAGAGAAGAAAAAAAUCAUGGCCACCGCCCCGAGUAUUUUCUUACCAGAGCCAACAACCCUCAAAUGGAGAACCCAAUUACACAAUUCUCCUCAAUCCCAAUUUUAUACUUCCUUCCCCAAUUUCAAAAUCCGCUCAACUUUUAAAAAAAUCAAAAUCAAUUGCUUCUUUCCCACCACCGCCGUCGCCGCCGCCGCCAGCAGCAGCAAUGGCGGUUCCGAUCAAGCACCUAACGAAAUCAAAAGAAACCCAGUUGAGAUUAUGGCCGAAGGCAUAAUAGCAGCCCUCAAGGCGAUUCAAAAGCCCGCGGCGGCGGCGGUUCUCGUAGGGUUACUUCUAAUGUACGACCCGAGUUCUGCACUCGCCGCCUCCGGUGGGCGCGUGGGCGGAAGCUCGUUCUCUUCUUCGAGGUCGUCGUCAAUGUCUUCUUCCAGGAGCUACACCGCGCCCAGGAUGGGGGCGGGGGGCGGGGUGGGGGCGGGGUUCUCGUAUUCCGUGCCGUAUUAUGCGCCUUCUCCAUUUGGUGGGGGUUUUAUGGGGCCCGCGGUCGGCGUGGGGUCGAGUUUCUUCCUUAUCGCUGCCGCGUUCGCCGCGUUUGUUUUGGUAUCGGGAUUCUUGUCUGAGGGUUCCGAUAGUGGUAGCGUGCUCACCGCUACCGAGAAAACAACUGUGAUCAAGCUGCAGGUUGGGUUAUUGGGUCUGGGGAGAACACUCCAAAAGGAUCUUAACCGAAUUGCCGAAACUGCAGAUACAUCCAGCUCAGAGGGUUUACACUAUGUAUUGACUGAGACGGUGCUAGCUUUGCUUCGGCAUCCUGAUUAUUGCAUCUCCGCCUAUUCGUCGGUUGAUCUAAAGAAGAGCAUGGAAGAAGGGGAAAAAAGAUUUAACAAACUUUCGAUCGAAGAACGUGGUAAGUUUGACGAGGAGACACUCGUCAACGUCAACAACAUUAAGAAGCAAAGCUCGAAAAUUCUGAGAGCAACUGGAUUUAGCAACGAGUACAUAGUUAUAACCUUAUUGGUGGCUGCCGGAGGAGCACACAAAUUGCCGUCGAUAAAUAACAGUAAAGAUUUGAAAGAAGCUUUACAAAAAUUGGCAUCUAUCCCGUCAAGUAGAACUAUGGCGGUUGAAGUGCUGUGGACCCCACAAAACGAAGACGACACUCUAUCGGAACGAGAAUUGCUGGAAGAUUACCCACUAUUGCGGCCUUUGUAAGAGAUGUGAAAGAGAGGCUUGUGUAAAGGAAAAAAAAACCACUUUGAUGAUUCAAUGUUUUGUACACAAAUAUACAUAAAUGUGUCCUUAUAAUGUAAUAUAGAAAAAUAUUGAGCUUGAAAAGUAAAUGUACUUUUAGAAGAACCAAGUGUGUAUAUAUAAAACAGCUUUUUUUUUUUUUU